CUCCCACUCCGUUCUCUUGUUCCUCCCCUCGACCGUUUCUCCCCGCGCCCAGCCCAACACGCCGUUCCUCCGGCGCCCGCCCCUCGCAAUGGAGACCUCCUUCCUCCCCACCACGCUCCCCACCGCGAAGCCCCUCCCCGCGUUCCGAACGCUGUCCACCGCCGCCUCGCUCCAUCCCCACCCGCGCCGCUCCACCAUCCGCGCGGCCAUCACCCGGGGCCGCAAGGAGGACACAGUCGCCGCCGUCCGCGAGCAGCUGGAAGGGUGCUACCUCCUGGCGGGCAUCCGGUACGAGGGCCUCACGGUGAAGCAGCUGCAGGGCAUCCGCGACGCGCUCCCGGAGACCUGCCGCCUGCUGGUGGCGAAGAACACGCUGGUGGGGAAGGCCGUCGAGGGCACCCCCUGGGAGGCGCUCAAGCCGUGCAUGAAGGGCAUGAACGCCUGGCUCUUCGUCCACACCGAGGAGGUCCCCGCCGCGCUCAAGCCCUACCGCGCCUUCCAGAAAGAGGAGCGCGUCGAGGAGACCAACGACUUCGUCGGCGCCGUCUUCGAGGGCAAAUUCUACGGGCCCGGCGACUUCAAGGCGCUCGAGACCAUGCCCAGCCGCGCCGAGGUGUACGCCAAGCUGCUCGGAGCGCUGCAGGGGCCCGCCACAUCCCUCGUCACCACGCUGCAGGCGCCCUCCAGGGACGUUGUCGCCGUGCUCUCGGCCUACGUGCGCAAGCUCGAGGAGGAGGCCGGCGCUGCAUAGUGCGGUUGCGAAAUGGUUGCCACCUCUCUCUAUCUCUGUUGUCUGUAGAAAUUCUUGUACCUUUACUAGCACUCUAUCCCAUUUGAAUCGAAUCACAAUUUUCCAAUUUACAACGCAUGGCAUGAAUUACCGAAUACUGCUGAUUCUGAAUGAUAUUGGUGGCGCUUCUUGCU